UCACCAUUCUGAUCCCUUACGACCUGUCUGCUUGUUCGCAAGCUAUCCUGUGCAUAUGCCAUGCUACAUUCGAUCUCUUCCUGUUGUGUCAAUCCUGCACAAUUUGUCAAUAACCACGCAAUGCGCGCAGUGCGCUCGGACCUCUUCGAUCUGAUGUGCCAUCUUCCCUCGCCACUCGUUUUUAAUGUCUUCCUCGUCUGCCUCUUCGUCACGACAUGUCCGAAUACGCAAGAGGUGCACCUCCGGUAGGUGGAAGCAAUGUUCAGCUCCAGCCAGUCGAGCCAUUCUCUCUCGGACUCUUUCUCGCGCCUUGGCUUCUCGGGAUUAACAUUGCAUGGGCCCUCAAUGGCGCCGGCCUCAUCGUGCUGUGUCGCUAUAUCUCGCAUUACAAAGACGACUCUCGCUGGAUCAAGCUAGCAGUCGCCGUUACAUCGGGCACUGCAUUGCUCAGCAUACUCGUAGACACGCACGUCGGGUUUCAAAUCUUCGUUAGCUGGUUCGGCGAUGCGAGCGCGCUCGUUGACAAUCGUUUCGUGACUGUCGAGAUGUCAUUUGCGCUUGUGGCAAUCGAAGCCUUUACAGCGCAAGCGUAUUUCGCCGCACGCGUCUAUCGAUUGACGAACCGCAGCAAGCUAGUCAUAUUUCCCAUUGCCUGUCUCAUGCUACUCGGACUAGCAACCGGCAUCUUGCUCACGGCCAUCUUCGCCAGCGGAUCCGGAACGCAAGUCUUCUUCAAUCAAGGCAAUCUACGAUGGGCGCUCGAGAGCCAUCUGUUCAUCACUGCUAGUGUCGAUCUGUGUAUUGCGGCGGCAAUUUGCGCAAGACUAUGGACAGUCACAUCGAGCGAGAGUGGAGCACGAGCGAGCGUAUUCGUCAUGCGUACGAUCAGAUUGGCAUUGCUCUCGUCUGGUAUCAGUUCCUUGCUGGCGAUGGCCACAGGCGUGCUCUUCCUCACGAGUGACACGACCGGCUUGACAUUCAUGGCUUCACUCAUCUGCCUGACUCAAGUUUACAAUCUCAACUUGCUCUUUGCUCUUACCUCGCGGUCGACGCAAUUGACACGACCCAAAACGAGUGACAAGCCGAUAUUUGGCUAUCCGGUCUUGCAAAACGAGAAACAAGAUUUUUUCAAUAGCCAAGCGAUCAAGGAUACCGAAGCAGCCAUGUCACGCCCGUUACCGGUUAGAGCAGAUCAGUUUGAUUCAUGGCGAUAGCAGAGUAUUCUUAGCAGGUCUCAGGGGUU